AUGGUGGUAGACGUCCGCAUUCCCGAAGAAAAGGCGACAUUUACGAGAAGCGGAUAUUACCAUUAUGACUGGAACACGGGGCAAAGCAGAAAGGAAGGACUGCCGGAGGACGAGCCAAUCUUGCUAAAGUGUAUUCUUCCUUCUAUUGUUUGGGAGCAGGUGGCUCCUGCCGCGGCAUUCCUUGCUGCGAAGGGGGAGUUGCAAACACCCAUCAAUAUGGAUGAUUGGGUCAUCUCCGAUCGAAAACCAAGUGCAUUGCUGAGGACCAAACCAAAAGGAUUGCUUGGCUCGGUGGAAUUAUCUUCUGACGGCGGGCAGCUGGUAUCCAGCUCCAUGGACACAGCACUGGUCUACCCAAACCAACGAACGCCUGCCGAUAACGAUCCCGUUUUGUGGGCUUUAGAGUCCGAUUCUACGUUGUCAUCCGAGACGAAGAAACUUUUGGAAAACGAAGUACGCCAGGAACUUCGGAAAUUAGACCAAGCAACUUCUACUCAGUCAUCGGUGAGGACAAAGACGGCAGGAUCAAAUUCCAUGCUGUUUGAUUGGAUGUUUGCGCAAAUAUUCCCGUCCAUCGGCCAGGAUCGCGUGCCGCCGGUCGACACUGAGCAGGGAAUACGCUGGCCCGACAGGAACCAACAAAAAAAGCAGUCCUGGGUUUUGAAUGCAAGAGUGGCCACUGACGGAGAACCUCCUGACAAGAGCGAGCUCUCUGGGACCUUGUUCGAACUUUGGAAUAAGGCCGAAGUGGACUCGGAUACCGAUGAAACACUGCCCCAAGUUAGGUCUGACUUCAACUCAGAAAGUGUUAGUCCUUCCACGUACGAGAGCAAGACGUCACAACAGGCUUCCAUAAACCUAUCUACUCAAAGUGAACGGAGAGCGUCGAAUACUGCGAGCGAUAAUUCAAGGUCCAAGCAGAUAAUCACUUAUAUGUGGCCACUACUAAGGGGCUCUCGGACCGGACAAUCAAAGUCUGCGGAGCCAAUGUGGUCUCGUGAACCGGACGACUCAGAACCGGACGACCCAGAACCGAAUGACCCAAAACCGGAUGACCCAAAACAGCGCCACCUUAAACGGCAACCUCUGUUCCCAAGAUGGCCUCGCGGCAUUGGCUACCCUCUUACCCCUGAAGGCAUGUUCACUCAGGAGCAGUAUCUUGACACACUGAAACUUUGGCAGGCCCUCAAAUUGAAUGUCAAUGUUAAUGCCGGCGUAGGUGGUGGCGGUGUCGAGCUCGAGGGAUGGUUUGCUCUGCUCAGGAACUGGUUCCAUCCGACGAGAUGGUUAAGCUUGUGGAGAGGCACAGCAAGAACAAUUAUUGUUCCAUCAUCUGAAGAUCAAGCGGAAAGUCCUACCCUCCACGAAGAUUUGACCGAUCUAGACAUGGAGCUUUUUGGAACGACGAAGUACUGGGGUGGCGAUUCGAACUACCUCACCGUUAUUACGUAUGACGAGGAGGACAACGGCGCAAUCUCGUUAUAUCAGGUGAUGAGGAAAAAUAAUUUGGCCUCGCGUGUAGACCUCAUAGCGUAUAUGGAUGAGGUUCCUCAGAGGGUCCUGCGGAUGACGAAGAAGAGGGUUAGCCCAAACCGAAUCGACAUAUUGUACACCAGCAGUGGUCUUACUGUUCGCAUGACAGGAGGGCAACCAGAACCUACGAUUGUCGAUGUCACGGACAAUACGGGCGCUGCGUGGUGUGAGUCUGGAUCAGGGUGGUCGUUUGCAUUGAGACUUACUGAGUUGGCGAGUGGAGGACUUGCAGCGACUAUCCCUCAGAUACUUGCUUUUUGUCACCUUAGGGUGAGGAACCUAACGCGCUUAGAAUCGUCUCCCGUGUUUGAGUUUGAACCACUUAGCAUUCCGGAGCAGGAACGAGACGACCUGCGGAGAGGUGUGAAACUGGUGACGCAAGCUGAAGGAUACGCUCAUCAAGGCAACAACGUGAGGAUUGCUGUUCUAUUUCCAAAAGAAAAUCCUUGGUCGGAGGAAGUGUUCUUUUGGGCUUGA